UGAUUUAGCAGCUCCCAAAACAGUACUUAAUAAAUAUUCUUCUUCCCCAAUUUACCUUUAUACUAUUGGACCCAUUGCCCUCUCUCUCUCCCUCUCCCCCUCCAUCUCUCUCCUUCAAGAAUCCAUAGUCAGAUCACUGAAGAGGAUUUAUGUAAGCCCCAACAUGGGUUCUUUGUAUAUACUCUUAUCGAGCAAAGCUGGUGCUGAAUUUUUCGUGGGUAACAACUUAUGGUUUAUCUAAAUCAGUUGUUUCAAGAUUAAAUUUUUAUGAUGUUUUUAUGUUUGGGGUUUUUUGGAUUGAGCUGAUUCAGUUGUUGGCAUGUUGGAUUAUGAUGAAUUGUGGGAGAUAGCUGUUUUUGUUUGAAGUUAAGUAUUUUGGGAGUUACAAGAAUGUGUUUUUAGGCUGAUUUUUGGUUGUGAAGUUGGAUUUUUUUUUUUAGUUUAGUAUUUUGGGAGUUUCAAGGAUGUGUUUUUAGGAAAGGGAAAAGGAUUUAAGGGCUGAUUUUUUGGUUAUGAUUUGUGAAGUUGGGAUUUUUCUGUUCUAAGAAGUUACAAAUUGGUUUUGGAAUAAUGAAUAGUUCUGGUAUGGGUGGUGGUUUUUUAUCUGGGUAUAAUGGUGGAUUUUUGGGGAUGAAUAUGCUGCAACAACCUGAACCAACUAGUAAUAAUGCAGUUCUUGGUCAUCAGAUGAACAACAAUAAUGUUCAAUCGCCGGUGAGUGCAAAAAUGGGGCUUGAACAUGAAAAAACUAUUGGUUUGAUGGAUGCACAAGGUUGUAUGGCUUAUGGGAAGGAUAAAGCAGUUGGGCCAAGUAAUGUUGUGAAUACUAGUAAUAAUCCUAAUAGCAAUACGAGUGACGAGGAUGAGCCUAGCUUUAAUGAGGAUGGAAAUGGUGAGAACAACAAUGGGGCACCGGGGAAGAAGGGAUCUCCAUGGCAGAGAAUGAAAUGGACUGAUAAUGUUGUUAGGCUUCUUAUACAAGUAGUUGCUUGUGUUGGAGAUGAUGGUAGUUUGGAAGGUCCUGGAGUGGGGUUGAAGAGAAAAUCUGCUUGCCUUCAGAAAAAGGGUAAAUGGAAAACAGUAUCGCGAAUAAUGAUGAGUAACGGUUGUCAUGUCUCACCUCAGCAGUGUGAGGAUAAGUUUAAUGAUUUGAACAAGAGGUAUAAGAAAUUGAAUGAUAUUCUUGGGAGGGGUACUUCUUGUGCUGUGGUGGAAAAUCCGGUUCUAAUGGACUCCAUGCCGCAGCUUUCUGCCAAGGCCAAGGACACGGUGAAAAAGAUACUUAACUCAAAACAUUUGUUUUAUAGAGAGAUGUGUGCUUACCAUAAUGGGCAGAAGAUACCUGAUUGCAAUGAUCUUGAAUUUCCAGCUCACUCUUCACCUGUUGCAGCACCGUGUGCAAAAGAUCAUAAUGGCUCCCAGGGAGACGAAGCUGAAGAAAAUGAUGAAAGUGAUGAUGAUGAUGAUGAAUCGGAUGAUAACCAUGGUGAUGGUGAUGCACGUAAAAUUGGAGAUUUUGAUGAGAGAAUGAGACGAGUUGAAGAAAAUGGCUACUUCUUGCCACAAAUUAACGGGAAUGAUAAUUUUUUGGCUGAAAUUAAUGAGUUUUUUCAUGACCCUACAAAAUCCCAAUGGGAUAAAAAAAUGUGGAUUAAGAAACGGAUGUUACAACUGGAAGAGGAAAAGAUUGGCAUCCAGGCUGAAGCCUUUGAGUUGGAGAAACGUCAGGUUAAGUGGCAAAGGUUCUGCCGCAAGAAAGACAGGGAGUUUGAAAUUGAAAGGCUGGAGAACAAGAAAUUAAUGUUGGAGAAUGAACAUAUGGCAUUGCAACUGAAGCAUAAGCAGCACGAAUUAGACAGUAAAAAGCCCAAUGUUUCUUUCAAUUCUGCACCUCUCAGCUUAGAUAGACCGAUGGGAAGAGAUCAGCUUGAUGCAGCUAGGUAUCAUUAGCUAGUAAGCAUCGGAAAUAUCCAAGUUUUUGGCAGCCUGUCAUCGCCCCCUUUUGUUGUAAAAUCUUUUUAAAAUGUUUUACAGCUAACAUGCAGCAGCAAACUUGUUAAUCAGUUCUUUCGAAUUUUCCUAGUAUUUUUCUCUAAUAUUAACUGCAUCAGCUAUAUGAAAGUCAUGGUUGGAUACUAUGA